GACCCCGAAAGUGACAAUGGAGAUUCUCAUAUGACAUUGAAAGAAUUAGAACAAAAGUGGAAUAAUCUAGCUUUAGGAACUCUCAGUGAAAAUCACUUACAUUCACCAACACCAUCUCAUAAUUAGAUGUUAGAGAAUGGAGUUUCCAAAUCUUGGGGAGAGAUGUUCAAUCAAAGAUUGCAAACAAUUAAAUUUUUUACCAUUUGAAUGCAAUCAUUGUCAUAAUUUAUUUUGCAAAGAGCAUUUUCAUUUAGGUUCUCAUAAAUGUUUAGGUUUCAAAGAUAAAAUCACAUACACUAAAAUAAAGGCACCAAAUUAUAAGUGUUCAGAUGAAUCUUGUAAAGAAACUUCACCCAUUGAAAUGCAAUGUAUCAAAUGUAAGAAACACUUUUGUUUACAACAUAGAUAUCAUGGAUGUUUAGAAUAUACUAAUGAAGAAAAAACAACAAAAUUAAAAAAAUGGCAAAUACCAAAAAAACAAUUUGCUGAAGCAAAAGCUAUAGUAGAUCAAGAAAUUUCAGAUACUUUGAAGAAAUCCAAAAAUACUACAAUGGCCAAUAAAGUAAGGCUUAUGCGUAUAAAAGGUUCUGCUGUUGGUCCAAAAAAUGUACCAAUGAAUGAAAGAUGUUAUUUUCUUGUAUAUNUUAUAUAAAUAAAUAUUUACAAGAAGUAAUAACAAUUUACUUUUUGCUCUUAGAAUAUGAUUUAUAAGUAUAAUAAUCUAUUGGUAGUGGUAAGAACACAGUUUUAGAAUAAUAUUUGUUUAUUACAAACUAGAUAGUUUUAUAU